UGCACUGUUCUUUUUUUUCCUAAGGCAGGUGCAGAGUAAAGACAAUUAGAAAAGUUAAAUGCAUCGCAGGUGCAGAUUGAAGACCGAUUACUAAAGUGAAAGAGUACCGCGAGCUCAUAUUCUUUUAACGGUCAUUCUGCACUGAAAGCUUUCAUUAGUAGUUACAGGCCGUCCACCAUCAAGACUGAGUCAGUCAGGCUGUCCUGCGGCGAGAACCUGGACAUACGUUACUUUAACUGUCUUACAAUAAACACAACGUUGUCAGAAGGCUUACUGACAGUUCGGUCUUUUACAUACUCAGCCUACUUUAAGAAUAAUUUCUUUAUCUUCAUGGAUGAAAUUACGUGCGACGCUGAACCUGUUCAGACUUCAGGAUACCAGGAACUGGUUGGACGUCCCUGCCAAGAACCAAGCCGAACCGAGCACCAGAAGGCAUGGGCUCGGAGCAGACAGUCAGUUGUGUUGCUGAAGAUGGGCAAAGGGUUCCGCUACUAUUUCCAGCAUCCGUGGUCUCGCAUGAUUGUGGCCUACUUGGUGAUCUUUUUUAAUUUUCUAAUAUUUGCUGAGGACCCAGUCUCACACAGCCAGACUGAAGCUAAAGUAACUGUUGUUGGAAAUUGCUUCUCCUUUGUAACUAACAAAUACCCUGGAGCCGGAUGGACUUUCCUUAAGGUGCUGCUGUGGUUGUUUGCCGUUGUUGUCGGUCUGUUAGCAGGAAAAUUUAUCUUCCACCGUCAAAUAUUUGGACGCUUACUUCGCUUGAAAAUGUUUCGUAAAGACCACGGAUCCUGGAUGACCAUGUUUUUCAGCACCAUUCUGUUGCUCUUUAUCUUUUCUCACAUAUAUAAUCUGUGCCUUGUGUUAGUUGGGACAAAGAGCUUAUUGGUGGAGAUCAAAUCUAUUAGAAUGCUAUAUGAUGGACUAGCUGAUAGGCUGUGCAGUUUUUCUACUAUGUCACCAUUAGCUGUAUCCAUUAAUGAGUGCUUAAUUAAUUUUAAUUGUACAUUUUUCUUGCUGUUUGAUUGGUCAUUUGUUCUUUUUAAAGAGCGUUACUGUGUACGUUUUUAA